AGACGCUCGGAACUGCCGCUCCGAGAGCUGCCAGCGGAGAGCCGGCGGCGGGAGCGGAGCGGGUCGGGCGGGGCCGAGCCGGGCCGUGGGCCUUGUGGGGAGGGGGGGUCGCGGCCGGGCCGGCGGACGGCGGGAUGGGCUGCACCGUGAGCGCCGAGGACAAGGCGGCGGCCGAACGCUCCAAGAUGAUCGACAAGAACUUGCGGGAGGAUGGCGAGAAGGCGGCGCGGGAGGUGAAGUUGCUGUUGUUGGGAUCAUCCAUGAAGAUGGCUACUCGGAAGAGGAAUGUCGGCAGUACCGGGCAGUGGUCUACAGCAACACCAUCCAGUCCAUCAUGGCUAUUGUCAAAGCCAUGAGCAACUUGCAAAUUGACUUUACCGACUCCUCCCGCAAUGACGAUGCCAGGCAGCUGUUUGCACUGUCGGCCGCCGCCGAGGAGCAGGGCGUGCUCCCUGAGGACCUGUCGGGUGUCAUCCGGAGGCUUUGGGCUGACCAAGGAGUGCAGGCCUGCUUUGGCCGCUCACGGGAGUACCAACUCAACGACUCGGCCGCCUACUACCUGAAUGACCUAGAGCGCAUCGCCCAGAGCGACUACAUCCCCACGCAGCAGGAUGUGCUGAGGACCCGCGUGAAGACCACGGGUAUCGUGGAGACGCAUUUCACCUUCAAGGACCUGCACUUCAAGAUGUUUGAUGUGGGUGGCCAGCGGUCAGAGCGGAAGAAGUGGAUCCAUUGCUUCGAGGGCGUCACAGCCAUCAUCUUCUGCGUAGCCUUGAGUGCCUACGACUUGGUUUUGGCUGAGGACGAGGAGAUGAACCGCAUGCAUGAGAGCAUGAAGUUGUUCGACAGCAUCUGCAACAACAAGUGGUUCACGGACACGUCCAUCAUCCUCUUCCUCAACAAGAAGGACCUGUUUGAAGAGAAGAUCACCCACAGCCACCUAACUAUCUGCUUCCCCGAGUACACAGGGGCCAACAAAUACGAUGAGGCAUCCAGCUACAUCCAGAGUAAGUUUGAGGACCUGAAUAAACGCAAAGACACCAAGGAGAUCUACACGCAUUUCACGUGCGCUACCGACACCAAGAACGUGCAGUUCGUGUUUGACGCCGUCACCGACGUCAUCAUCAAGAACAACCUGAAGGACUGCGGCCUCUUCUGAGGGACAGGGCCUGACAAGAUGGGCCACCAUCAACUCUGUUCCUCCCCAACCCCGAGGAAGAUGGGGACAAGAAGACCACACUCCCCGCCUGUCCCCUACCCUGCCCCUCGGCCGCUUCCCCCUUCUUCCUUCUCUCUUCUGGGCUCCCCAGCCCCUCCCUCAGACCCAGGCUUGCGGGGAGGGGCUGUCACAGGCCUCCCUGGUUGAAGCCUGCCCCUGUCUGAGCUUUCGGCAGUGAUCACAGUACUCUCUUCCUGGGCAUCUGUUCUGGGUUUUUAACCGUUGUCUUGUUAUGGGACUGGGGGGAGCACAUACCGAGUCCCCCAAAGCCUGUGUCUGGAGCGGCACCUACUCCUCCAGCCUGGACCCCUGGCUCCACCCGACAGCAGCCCCUGAUCCUGCCCAAGUCCAAAUGUUUACAGGGAGCCUCCUGCCCUCCCAUCCGUCCCCUCCACACAACCCACCCCGCCACCCGGAGGCCCCAAAGGCAAAAAGCACAAGCGGGAGACGCCACCAUUCCUGGAGACCAUGGUCCACCUGCUCGUACUCAUAGCUUUUUUUUAAAAAAAAAGAAAAAAAAAGAAAAAGAAAGUAAAGAAAAAAGAGAAAACUUUUUAGAGGAAAAUCUAUUUAAAACUGUCCGAUCCUGACCAGCACCCACCCACGUCCCUCUGGUGACGCUGUGCCUUGAGUGUGUCUGCCUGUUUACACCUGUCCCCCAGCCUGCCACCCUCUGAACCGGCAGCACCCCUGCCCUGCCCUGCCCUCCACUCAAUCAGGUCCCAAGGGCUGUUCCAGACAACUGCCAAGGUCACUGAGGGCCCCGCCCCAGCGGCCCUGGGCCCAGGCUCCAUUAACCUCCAUGUAGCUCCUUAGCGCUAACCUAGGACCUCCGCUGCCUGCUGAGGGGCCCCUCCCCGCCCCUUGUGCCCUCGCCCCAGGCCCCGGGUCCUUCAGCAUUGAACACUUCCUUGCUUUUUUCACGUUUUAUGGAAUUGUUCACUUGGUUUGAAAUAAUAAAAUGUAGAAAGAAAA